AUGGUAGUCACAGCACACUUUAUUGAUAGAACUUGGAAAUUGCAUAAGAGGAUAUUAAGUUUUUCUGUGGUUCCAAAUCAUAAAAGGGAGACAAUUGUGAAGAUUAUUGAGACGUGUCUGCUUGAUUGGGGAAUAGAGUGUGUGGGUACCAUUACUGUAGAUAAUGCAAACACAAAUGAUGCAGCGAUCGUUUAUGUGAAAAACAAGUUGAAGAAUAGGAAACCUGAUGAUACUAUGAUUUUAGGUAGCUCUUAUCUGCAUGUACGUUGUACAUCACACAUAAUCAAUUUGAUUGUUAAAGAAGGGUUGAAAGAGUUUAAUCCAUCUAUAGAUAGUAUUCACAAUGCGGUAAAAUAUUUUCGAUCAUCUCCUUCUUGGUUGACAAAAUUUAAAUGUUGUAUUGAAAGGGAAAAGAUUGCAAGCACAAAACUUGCUAUUUUAGAUGUUCCUACUAGAUGGAAUUCAACAUUCUUAAUGUUGGAUAGUGGAAAAGAAAAAGAGGGGCCACCUACAAGUUAUGAUUGGGAGAAAGCUAGAAAAUUUGUCAAGUUUCUAAGAACCUUUUAUGAUGUCACAUUGAAGUUUAGUGCUUCAUUGAGUGUUACUUCCAAUAUUUACUUCCAUGAAGUUUGUAAAAUUGAGCAAAUUUUGAAGAAAAUGGGUGAGAAGCGAAAUUAUUUGCUAAGUAGUAUAGCAAAUAGCAUGAAAAUUAAGUUUGACAAGUAUUGGGGUAAAGUUGAUAAAAUGAAUAAGAUUUUGAUUGUAGCAGUCGUGCUUGAUCCUAGGUAUAAGUUGGAGUUUGUUGUACAUUGCAUUGGUAUUUUGUAUGACAGUGUUAAAGUUGAAGCUACAAAAAACGAGGUCAUGAAAUUACUGUAUGCUUUAUAUAACCAACAAAAGGGAUGGCAACGAUCAAACAAUGGACCGAGUGGAAGCGGAAAUGGGGGUGAUGAAUCUAAUGAUGGAAAAUUGAAAACUACCAAAAUGGAUUUUUCUGGAAAAGAUGAGGUACAACGAUAUCUAAUGGAAUCCACUGAAGAUGCUAGUGAUGAAAAUUUUGACAUUUUGAAUUGGUGGAAGAUCAAUAAAUCAAUAUUUGAAAUUUUAUCUGAGGUUGCAAGGGAUGUUCUUGUCAUUCCUGUAUCUACAGUUGCUUCUGAGUCAGCAUUUAGUACUGGAGGGCGUAUUCUUGAUCCAUUUAGGAGUUCUUUAACUCCUAAAACAGUUGAGGCCUUGAUUUGUACACAAAAUUGGCUAAGGGAAGAAUCUAGACUUUUGAAAGUUUCUCAAGAUAGAGUUUGCAUUGAAGAGACGAAGUUCUAUGAGAGCAUUGAGACAAAGUUUCUUAAUAGUGAGUAUGAUAAGUCAAGUUUCUUUGAUUAUACUUUAAGAACAUUUCACCUUUAUUCAUGGAGUACCUCACAUGCAAUUGAAGCAACUUUGGGAUCUAUCCUCAUAAUUUCAGCACGUUUCCAAGGGACUAUACCUAGGUUAGCAACUAGGAUGUUUUUUAACAAUCCUUUUAUGGGUUUCUUUGAUUAUACUUUAAGAACAUUUCACCUUUAUUCAUGGAAUACCUCACAUGCAAUUGAUGGAGGAAGAUGA